CCCGAUCAAUUCCCCUCAGCGUCCCGAGUCUCCCGCAAUCCUUCUGGGAGAGUAGCUUUUCCAGGCCUGUCAAGCUCAUCGACCCGGUCUUGGGCUAGAAACUGCUUGGACAACCAAAUACGAGCCAGAAUUCCUCUUGGGAAUCAAGCAAAUCCUGAUCGAUCGAGCAAGCAGAAGACUCAGCUGACAUCCACGCUUGGUGCGUCACUGAUCCGGAGGCUCUUCAUAAAGUAUCCGGUCCUCUCGAGCAUCUUGAUAUCGCAGAGCCUUAUCACCCACAACCAACCACCACGAUGUCGGUCUUCUCAAAGAUCGUGAUGUCCCGGAAGGCGGCAAAGGAGCACAAGAACAAGGUAGCAGAGAAGGAUAAGGAGCCCGAACAGAAUGUCAAGGCCCCAUACAAGCACAUUCCCACGCACGCUGCUGUCGAUGCAUUGAGUGGAGCACCAUCGAGUUGGAAGCACGAGGAUAGACCGAAGAUCAAGGAGCACCACAAGAGACGGAGUCAAAUGGUCAUCAGUCGGACGGGAAGCUCUCUCUCGCACAUGUCAUAUAUGAACGCUGCCGGUUCUGCCACAAAUAUCCCCCCUCUUCCACGAAAUAGCAGUUACAGCAGCUACAAUCCCACUUGGUUCGACCGCGGCGGUGAUGUAUACUACUCCAACGAGAACCAAAGACAGAAGCCACCACGAUCACACUCAUAUCACGAUUCCGGCAUUGGACCCAGCAUUGGCCCCAGCCCAUUGGCAAGUCAACAACAGUCCGAAGGUACAUCUUUCACCAUCCCAACCGAAGAAUUCGCCUCAAUUGCACACCCAUCACCGCUGGACAACCGACUAACUUCAUCUGCAGAAGUUUCACCCGUCGUCUCUUCCGGCAACAGCACAAACUCCAACUCCUCAGCUGAGAACCUCGAAAUCGCACCCGCAUCGAAAUCCAACCGCCUCUCCAGCCGCCCCCAACCGAUCGUGUACGCCGAGAAGGACAUCUUCGACCGCCUGCACACGAGUACCACGCGGAAAGUUGGCGAAGCACCCCUCUACGACGCUCCUCCCCCGAUGAAAACCAAGACGCCCACCACCGUCGUCACACAAGAGACGACCAAGCCGAAGAAGCAGCGAUGGAGCAUACUCGGAAAGAAAAAUGCCACUGCCACCGCAGUAGUCGUCUGAUCCCCAGGAUCUGCGAUUCCGAUCAGAUCCGGCGGUAAUGAGAACGGGAACGGAAGGUCGCAGGAAGGAAGCUCAGCCCCCAACCAACCAAACCAAACCAACAGAAAAUGGAGAAAAAAAGAAAAUUCUAUAAAAAAAAAACACCUUCCAAGAGCAGUUCAUCCAACUUCCU